CCAGGAGUCUACAAAAAGCAAGCAGAGGUGGUGCAGUCAGUCAUUGACCUGCUGGAGGAGGACAGGACACUGGUGGUACCCAUGAGGAGGUACAGAGAGGAAUAAGAAGAGAAGACGGUAGGACUCAGGGCAUCGACAAUAAAAGACUGGAGUACCACCACUGAGGGCCCACGAGUCCAGCACGUACUGCCAUACUGAGGAUACUCUGAAUAAGCUGCGUGGACAAUGAACACCCCCUACCCAAGAAAUCGUGCCCAACAUCUCCAUGGACAAGGACCACCAAUAAGCCGGAGGACCACCGCUGCUGUCUUACUGCUAGUCCUGGGUAUUGUGAUGAAAACAGCUCCAGGUAGUGCUCAGCUUUCCUCCAUGCAUCGUGUUGUGGGUGGACAGGACGCUGCGCCCCGGGAGAGGCCCUGGCAGGCUGCUCUGUUAUAUGAAGGCUCUUUUUUCUGUGGAGGGUCUCUGAUCUCCCAGGACUGGGUGGUGACGGCAGCGCACUGUGUGGUUCGCAAAACUCAUCGCAAACUUCAAGUUCUGUUGGGAGUUCUGAACCUCAUGGAUACAGGUCCCACAAAGCUUUCUGUGGCAGUGAAAAAAAUCAUCAUCAACCCGAUAUACAAUGGAGGUAUAACCAGUGGAGACCUGGCGCUGCUAGAACUGGAGAUUUCUGUGAACUUCAAUGACAAUAUCCAGCCAAUUACUCUUCCAUCCCAAGACCAGGAGUUCCAGAAUGGGAUGAUGUGCUGGCUGACCGGCUGGGGUUAUACUGUUCAGAAUGUGCCACAAUCAGCUCCAAACACUUUACAAGAGGUCAAGCUUCCUCUUAUCAAUUCCACUAAUUGUGAUAAAAUGUUCCAAGUCGCUUCCCAUGCAAGCCAUGCCCCUGAUCUUGUAAAAGAAGACAUGAUCUGUGCAGGCUACCCUGAAGGCAAGAAAGAUGGCUGCCAGGGGGAUUCUGGGGGACCCUUAGCUUGUCCAUCUAAUGAAUCCUGGUUUCUGGUUGGAAUCGUGAGUUGGGGUGAAGGUUGUGCCCAGCCACAAAAACCUGGAGUCUAUACAAAAGUCAGCAGCUUUUCCUCCUGGAUACAAGAGUGGACAGGUGCUAUCACAAUUUCAAAGUUAAAAACCACUGCUGCAACGACUGAGAAUGUGAACAGAGUCAUUACACAGAACCUGAAAGUAGAAUCUCAGGCUUUCACCUUGUCUAAAAUGACCAAUCAAGAAACCACCUCAGCUGGAAGGAGACUCCAAAUAUCAAUCAGCCUUUUUGUCAUGGUGAUUACAUUGACCGGAAUUGUGGAUGUGGCAAGAGAAGCAUUUCUCUGUUUGUAAAUAAUUUAUUACUAUAUAACUGAUUGAAGACUCGAAUGUCACAUGAAAACGAAGAAAAGUGUCUACACGAUCCAUAAUUCUUCAUGUCUCACCAAGAAGGUUCCUCAGAGAUCUCCAUAUAUCAAAGAUCCAUGAACGUUAUCUCCCAAAAUAUCUUUAAAAAAAUAAAAAUAAACUAAUGAGUGCAAUCAUUAUAAGUUACCAACCCCUGAGAGGAAGAGGUAUGCUCCUGGGGAACAUCUUCGCCCAACUGAUAGCUGAUCCAUCCAAACACAUCUUUGACCCAGACAUUUGAAGGUGGUGGCGGCAGGGGGUGAAUGUGUGGUCUGUGGUGCUUUUCGGGUUGUUUUAUAAGCUCAGAUGAAUAAAACCUUAAUUUCACCAGUUUUUCUGUGAAUCUGGCCACCCAUUACUGU